UUUAAUUUUUAUUUUUUAUGGAUCAAAUCUGAUAUCUAGUAAAAAUACAGUUUUUCUGAAUAUCCAAAACACCAGAUAUAUGAAAAAUUACGGAUAAAAUCGAAUAAAAAAAUCGAUUGUUCGUACGGAGUGGAAUGGAUUACAGAUAAUCACUCCGUGUCCACCCUUAAUUUGGGGCCUAUGGCAACUAUGCCUUUUCAGAUACGCAGUAAGCACAGCUCUGCCCACGACAUCUAGUGGUUUGUCACUACUUCCUAACAAUCUCCCAAAUUUGAUAUUUAAAUCAUAUAUCUUAAUAUAGUUUGGCCUGCAAACUUAGCAUCUUUCAUGUCAAACACCUUCUAUAUGUUAUACUAUCAAUAGUGGAAUCAAUAGUGAUAAGUUAAGCUACAACAGGGUAAAUAAUAAAAACCAACUUGAUAUAAUUCAGCCAAAACUAGAAACCACAAGUCCUCCAGUUUUUUCUAUUUAUAGUUCAUAAACUCUUUUCUUCCACUUAAACAACCAAACCACCUAUGGCUUCCAAAAAACCUGUUAACCGCCCAUCAGUUAGGCACCCGAGUCACAACCAUCCAUUGCGCGUCUUUAAGGCCCAAAAUGAAGAUGAGAUUAUCUGUUCAGGAUGCGAGCUCGACCUAACCGGACAAGCUUUCAAGUGUACGAAGGACUGUGAUUACUUCUUGCACAAGUUAUGUUUUGACCUACCUUGUGAAAUCAAUCACAAGUCUCAUCCUGACCAUCCCAUAACCCUGUUUUAUUCUCCACCUUAUGAUCAUCAGUCUUACGAGUGUGACGCUUGCGGUGAGUACGGAUCAGGAUUCACUUACAAUUGUUCUGUGUGUAAAUACGACGUUCAUGUCGGAUGUGCUUUCAUCCCUGAGACAGUGGACCGUGAAGACCACAAACACCCACUCACUCUACUUUACAAGAUUCCUUGCGAAGAUGGCAAGAUAUACGUAUGUGAUGUUUGUGAAGAAGAGGUAUCGGAGAAUCUUUGGACUUAUUACUGCAAAGAAUGUGAUUACGGUACGCAUGUGCAUUCUUGCGCCCUUGAUGAAGAUUAUGAGGAGGAAGAGGAGGAGAAUCGAGAAUCCAGCUCCGCGGCUUCAAGGAUGAAGUCGUUGAUGAAGGCUCAAGACGAGAUGGCGGCGAUGAAGCUCGAGUCACGUAUGAAGAAAGCCGCUAAUAAUGCUAUUAUUUAUUCCAUAAGAUGAUGAUGAAGCUUGUCAUUGUUCUUUCUUUUAUGAAUGUUGUUUUUCUGUGUCU